CGCUAAGCAAGUCCCGGCGUAGCGCGCGCACACGAUGACGGCAUGUGUCCCGAGGAAGGCAAGAGUUGCUUGUUGCACGUCCCCGUUUCCGAAACCAACCGCCAACCGCAACUGCGACCUGCCUGCUCCUGCGUCUUGCUCCGCCUUGUUUUGUUGGGUUGCUCGCUGUACCUAGUCUCGCGAAUCCGUCGCGCAUUUCCCUUCUGCACAAGAUCUUCUCCAUCCCCCUCCCUUGCUGACGGCCACGACAUCGCUGCAUCCUCGAAAGAGUUCGCCUUGGCACCGACCACCGACAGUCCGAGCCGGACGUCAUCUCCCGCUACCGAAAGUGUUGAGCUCCUCGCCGCCCCAUCUGUGACCUCCCUCUCUUCCUUCCCUUUCACUCCUGCACAUCUUCGCGCGCGCCUGGCCAAGCUAUGUCGAGACGAAGCAGCACUAUGGGUUCCAACGGAAACCUGCCCAAGGACUUCUCGUCCUCCAACCCUGCCAUUGACAAGCAGAAGACUCUGCUGUCGUCAGAUGUUGGCCACUUCUCCCUCAUCCGGGCGUUGCACCUCGCAGACUCCAUCACCCUAAUGAACGGCUUUUGCGGUGUCAUGUCUAUCUUCACGUCCCUGCGAUACUGUCUUGGCGACCCCAGCUCGUUGGACAAGGUGUACCUCGCCCUGGCCUUCCUGCCCUUUGGACUAUUCUUUGACUUUCUCGAUGGAAAGGUAGCGCGAUGGAGGAAGAAGAGCAGCCUCAUGGGCCAGGAAUUGGAUUCCCUCGCAGACUUGAUAUCCUUCGGUGUCGCCCCCGCCAUGGUUGCCUUCACCAUUGGAUUUCGCUCCACCGCCGAUACUGUCGCCCUCACCUUCUUCGUUCUCUGCGGUCUCACCCGUCUCGCUCGCUUCAACGUCACCGUCGCCGCUUUGCCCAAGGAUGCCUCGGGCAAGAGCCAAUACUUUGAGGGCACGCCCAUCCCAACCUCGCUGGGCAUGGACGCCAUCAUGGCCUACUGGGUCUCCCAGCGCUGGAUCCUCGAAGACUUGCCCCUGGGUGUUUGGCUCCAGGGCACUGCCCUCGAGUUCCACCCUGUGGUCGUCCUGUUCGUCAUCCACGGCUGCCUCAUGACCAGCAAGACCAUCCACAUACCGAAGCCUUGAGAAUCAAGGGUCCAAAGCGACCGUUCAACACGGGAGAGAAUGAGACACGAGGAUGAGAAUUUGAAUAUUUCUACUGAGAGGGAAAUGAAUACCGAGACCUACGUGCUUCCGGCUCUGUGGCAGGACUGGUAACUAAGGAGAUGGGAAAUGAGGCGGUAGGGCGAAUGGUGGGACAAAAACAAACGAGAAUAGUAGCACACGGGGCGGAGACUUCAUUCCUCACGGGAUUGGGCGAUAUACUGGGACAGGACAUGAUUCACGCAGCUCAUCUUAAAAUAAGGUAGUUCAUGAUACCCCAUUCAUUCACCAAACAAUCUAUUGUCUUUGUGACAGACUGUGACCAUUAAUCAGAAUUUUAU